AGAUGGAGAGGGGGCGGCGAGCGCCUUCUUCUUCUGCAUGUGUGGCUCUGUGCAGUCCAGAGUAUUCAUGCCUGGUUACCCAUGAGUUUGCAUAUUUGCAUAUCCUGAACAUCCUGUCCUUCCAUGUUGAAUGACGACGAAAUAAUAAGAGCAAUCAGCUGCAGGCGGGCGUGCAGCUGCUGGAAAGCCAUUUUUAUUAUUAUUAUUUAAAAAAAAAUUUUAAGUGGAAAUGAAGCAUAAUCAUCAAGGUGCAUUUGGAGGCUAAUCUGCAAUCAUCUUUUGGCUGGGGGAACUAAUCUGCAUGGGUGAAAUAAAUCCCGUCUGUCAUCGCCUUUGCAUUCUGAACCUGGAUUGUUAAUAUACAUAGAGAAAGAGAGAGAGUGUGUGUAUGAAAGAGAGAUGGAGAGAGAGAGAGUAAGAGAGAGAGAGAGAGAGAGAGAGAACUAAGCUGAAACAGGGAGGAGAGAAAGAGAGGGGGAGUGAAUGAGGGAGAAUCAAGUCACCAGGACGGGCUCCACUGUUAACGCCGUCAAGGUUUGAGCGCGAGCACCAGGAGGCCACAUUUCGUGUGAAAUAAUGGAUGGGACAAAGCCGGCCAUGGAGUCCAACGCUGAGGAGACCCAGGACGAGGGGCAGGAGAGCAAAGGAUGCUUCGAGUGCUGCAUCAAGUGUCUGGGCGGGGUGCCCUACGCCUCGCUGGUGGCCACCAUCCUCUGCUUCUCGGGCGUGGCCCUGUUCUGCGGCUGCGGCCACGUGGCGCUGACCGGCACCCUGACCAUGCUGGAGAACCACUUCUCCAGGAUCACCAGUGACCACGCCACCCUCGCCGCUGUGAUCCAGAUCUUUCAGUACAUCAUCUAUGGCAUUGCCUCCUUCUUCUUCGUCUACGCCAUCCUCCUGCUGGGCGAGGGCUUCUACACCACCAGCGCCAUCAAGAAGGAGCUGCAGAGCGACUUUAAGACGACCAUCUGUGGACGCUGCAUCACUGCCUUCUUCAUGUUCCUGACCUACAUCUUCGCUCUGGUGUUUAUCGCCAUCUUCUGCUUCACGGCGAUCCCGGUUUUUCUCUUCUUUAACAUGUGGAACACCUGCGCCGCCAUGAGAUCUCCAGACUCCAACAUCACCUAUCCUGACUCCGUCUGUGUGGAUGUCAGGCAAUACGGCGUUAUUCCCUUGAACGCAACACCUGGGAAGGCUUGUGGAACCACACUGACAGAUAUUUGCAGCACCAGCGAGUUCUACCUGUCCUACCACCUCUACAUCGUGGCGUUGGCCGGCGCCGGAGCCACCGUCAUCGCUCUGAUCCACUAUCUGAUGAUUUUAGCGGCCAACUGGGCGUACCUGAAGACCGCCGCCUCCACGCACGACUACCAGGACAUCAAGACGAAGGACGACCAGGACCUGGAGGCCGAGGCGCGCUCCAAGGACGGCCAGAACUCCUCCUCCUACUCAUAAGGACAAAACGUCCUCUCUUGCCAUUGCUCAUCUUCUCCCCCGAAUUUUAAACCCAUCCCUCAACACCUAGCGCCCGCCACUCCCAAACUCUCCCCUUUCGCCCCCCGACAAAACAAAACCACUCUCGGUCAUGUUCGGCAGCCCAGUCUCCUGAUUCUCCAUCCUCUUCCGUUUACCCAGAAGCGCUUUCCGCUCCGAGGCGCCAGCGCGCUCUCACCACCGGUAGGGGAAGAGGCUGGAGGGUCAGGAGGAGAGCGGCCUGGCCCCGGACGCAGGCGGCUGCUUCAGAGCGGUGAAGGCUCGCCCCGUCGGGUGUCGAGCUCAGGUACGGUACCUUGGUUUUCGAAGCGCCUCCUCCUCCUCCUCUUCCUCCCUCCCUGUGCUUUUUGGGCGGCGGCUCGUGAACGUGGCCCGGCUGUGAUGGCCUCGCGCCCUGAGCCAGCACAGCCUCUCGACACAUAGCUCCUAACGACAACAAAUAAAAAAAUAAAGAAAAGAAAAAACAAUAAAAAUCGAAAAACAAUGUUCACUGUGUGUUUCAGCCACUGGGAAGCACCACAGCAACCAAGUUCCUCUGUUUUUUGGUGUUUUAUAUGCAUAUAUAUAUAUAUGAAUAUGAAUAUAUUGUGCGAAUGUGUGUGAAUGUUGUUCUUUUUUUUUAAAUACUCUGAAAAGUAUGCCAGGUAUUGUUAUGAUCUUUAUGAGUUUGGGCUCAUAGAUUCUUUUCUCCUUUUAGUUUUUCUAUCCCCACCACUUUGACUUUUUAUUGCUAUUGCUCUGAACAUUGUUGCACUAUUUAAAAACAAAUUAAAACGGGGGAGAGAAUAAAAUCCCCUGAGCGAAACAAACCCUUCCUUUCCCCCCUCCAGGACUAAAUACCUAAAAGAAUGAAAAACCGUGUAGUAUCUCAAGGAUUUCUGUGCAUUUGAAUAAGUAUAUUUAAGCGCUACUUUUCUUAUAGGAUCCAUUAACAGUUUAUCUGCUUCCACGUCCUGGAUUAAGAUGAAGUUUUCUUGCUGAGAGGUCAUAGAUAUGGAACCAGUCCUCUCAUCUGGCCGUGAAAGAAUCCAAGGAAGCUCACCAAAUGUCUCCUUUUAAGACCAUUUAAGUUUGAGGUUUUUUUUGUUGUUACAUUCAUCACCAGCUGAAAUAAAAGUCAAAGGCGGCGCCCUCCACAAUUACUGGAACAAGUGGCUAAAACGUCUACAUUUUUUCUUGUUACGAAGUAUGGUGGUGGCAGCAUCAUGCCAUGGGGAUAACGUUUUUUAUUUAGUUACUACUUUGGGUGAUUUCAGGACCAAUUUAGCUAAUGCAAAUAGGAGUCUUUGUCAAAUCACAUUUAUAUAUAUUGGUGUCCAAAGUGAGGGUCGUGGACCAUUUUAGACACUUUGUGUGAUUUUUUUGCGGUCCGCCAACAGAGAAGCAGACGGACAUUUGCUUUGUGGCACCGAAUUAUUAAACAUUAAAUGAAAAAUGUUAGACAAAGCAAAAAAAUAUUGAAUUUAUUUAUUUUUAUUUUUUUUUUUGCUAUUUGAAAUUAAUUUAAAAUUUAAUUUACAAACUUGUCUUUGUUUUAAGUUAGUUUUUGACUGCGCGGGAAAGAUGUCAGACACUUUAAAGCAAAGUUAAUUUGAAUUUUUUUUUUUCAUUAAUUUUAUUAGAAACGUUAGAGAUUAUUGUCGGGUCAAUGAUUUAGCAAUUUUAGUUUUACUUUUUUACAUCUACGCAGUGACUGAAUGGUGCUCAAAUGGACUUUUUCUAAUUUCCUGCAACGAAAGCGUUUUGUUUUUUUUAUUUCUUUACGACUUUAACAAGACUGUCUCUAAGUGUGGAGGGCGCUGCACAUCUAGGUUUAAAAAUAACAUUAAAAAAUAAAAA